AUGACAGACGCUAAACCUAUCAUUUCCAAUGCAGAUGCCACCCUGAUGGACAUCGGUGAUGGCAUCGCCCGGCUCGAACUGCAUAGCAAGUUGAACAUCAUAGGGGACGGAAUGCUGGAGGUGUUUGAUGCCGCGUUGGAUGAAGUAGAAACCAAUUGGACAGGUAUGAUUGUCGCCACAGAAGCGAAGAAUUUUUCGGUGGGACUCAACCUUAUUCUUCUAUUAGAGCGUGCGAAGAGCAAAGAUUGGGACGCUAUUUCGGCAACACUCCGGAAUCUACAAGCCGUUUGCACAAGACUCCGUAUGUCAUCGAAGCCGGUCGUCGCAGCAACAGCAGGUAUGGCACUCGGCGGCGGAUGUGAACUUGCAUUCGGUGCUGAUGCGGUACAAGCCUUUACUGAGAGUUACCUCGGUCUCGUUGAACUCCGCGUGGGACUCAUUCCGGGUGGUGGUGGUACUAAAGAGAUGGCAUUUCGAUGUCUCGAAGGACAGUCUCCAACCGCACCGGUUCAGACGUUAUUUCCCUAUGUGAAUAGGGCUUUUGAUACGCUUCGUGAAUCGAAGGUUUCACAGAACGCGACGGAUGCGGUGGAACUCGGUUACCUUCGGCGCACAGAUGCUAUCUCAUCGAAUCAAGAGACACAUCUUGAAGAUGCCAAAGGACUUGUGCUCUCACUGCACAAAGCAGAUUAUCGUCCAUCCGAACCGCCGCAGAUACUCGUGCUCGGUGAAGAAGGAAUCACUCGUCUCAACCUACAAACACAUCUCCUUCGGCAAGCGGGGACUAUCGACGACUAUACACAGCACCUCGGCAAUAAAUUGGCAUUCGUCCUCUGCGGUGGUACGCUUUCAACCCCACAAUUCGUUACUGAACAAUAUCUACUGGACUUGGAGCAUGAGGUAUUCCUCAGCCUUUGUGGAGAGGAGGAAACCCAUUCAAGGAUAGAGGCAACGCUCCAGAAAGCACGGACAGCCGUAGGAAGAGCGGGGAGAGGGACACUCAAGAACACACGUCCAGAUGAACUCGCUGCAGCUGCCCUCCGCGGAGUGGUUGAGAAGCUUCCACACUUUGAUCUGGAUGCCAUAGACGAUGUCAUCAUCGGAUGUGCCACACAUGAGGGACCGCAGGGUUACAAACGUCGCCCGUAUUGCCAGUUUACGCGCUGGGUUUUCCUGUUUCCGUCCUGCUCUGACAAUAACCGAUUCUGCGCAUCUGGUUUAGAGACGAUAACGAUGGGUGCGGAGCAGAAUCCUAUCUGGACGCGCUGA